UUCCAAUUUCAAUCAACAAACAAACGAUAGUGACAUACUGCUAUGACUUUUACAACGUGCAACGAUUUAUGUAGUAUUUGUGUAAUUAUAAUAGGGUAAAUUUGUUUUUCUGAAUGCACACGCGUUUUAAUAAAAGCAAACGCAUUAUGGUUCCAAAUCACUGGUGAUUCAAAAUGAAGAUGGCAAACACAUCACGGAAGGGACAAGUGUACAGUGUUGGCAAUUACCUUAUGACUGGUAAGGUAUUAGGUAAAGGACACUUCGCAAGAGUUGAGGAGGCAACGCAUAGGAUAAUCGGAAAAAAGGUGGCCAUCAAAAUAAUCGAUCUUACCUGCAUUAAAGAGGAAUACGCCCGCCGCAACCUGCACAGAGAACCAAGAGUUAUGGCCAAGUUGCGCCACCCGUGUAUCGCUGCCCUAUACGAAACUAUGAUGCACGGGCCGCGGCUGUAUGUCGUGAUGGAGGCGGCUGGCGGCGGCGACCUGUGCGCGCACGUGCUGGCGACGCGCGGCGCAGCGCGGGGCUUGCCCGAGGGACGCGCGCGUGCUCUUGCCGCGCAGCUUGUGUCCGCCGUGCGCCACAUGCACUGCCGCGGCGUCGUGCACCGUGAUUUAAAAAUGGAGAACAUUAUGCUCGACAGCACGAAACAAUUCAUCAAAAUUGUAGAUUUCGGUCUUUCAAACAUGUGGAACAUCAGCGGGGCUCUUUGCACCCCGUGCGGCUCACUGGAGUACGCGGCACCCGAACUGUUUGUCGACGGACGGCGCUACGGGCCCGAAGUCGACCUCUGGAGCAUCGGUGUGAUAGUGUACGGCAUGGUGACGGGCAGCCUGCCGUUUGCGGACGCAGAGUCCGCGGAAGGGCGGUCGCGGCCGCAGCUGCGCGCCGCCAUCGCGCGCGGCUUCUCCCGCAAGCAGCGAGUCGCGCUCGCCUGCGUCUCCAGUGAAUGCAAAACGUUCAUCCAGCACCUGCUGGAACCGAAUGUGGAGCUUAGACUAAAGAUCGAGGAGGCUGCGCGUCAUCGCUGGAUACGCAAACCCGGCAUGAGGAUGAAGACGCACCCCCUGGGCACCACCGAACCCAAAAUUAACAGAGAGAUAUAUAAUCAAGUGGCCGAGCUUUGCGGUCAGACGAAAGUGGACGUGAUAUCGCAGAUAAAGGCGGACCCGUUCGGUCCAGUAGCGGGCAUCUUUAAUAUAAAGACGCACCUCCACCUCAUGCACUCGGUGGCCGGCGCAGACAUGCUCUGGUCCACCAACACCGUGGAAGCCAGACCGCUCUCCCCUCCGGAGUACAGGGUCAGAAGUGAACUCGAAGCUUCGUCUAGCAGAAGAUUCUUCGGACACUCCCCACCUAGAGGCUCCAAGAGCCCCAUCAGAAGGAUGACCACGCUGCCGCCCAAGCCCCCGGACAUCAAAAUACAAGGACCCAAACCGAGCGCCGUGUUCACCAAGCCGAUCACCACCUGCAUCCCUAAGGAUAUUUUACGGCAAAGAAUAAUCGAUAGAAAGAUCGAAAAGGUGAAAGCUAUCGAGGUGGCAAAGAAGAAUCCGGUCGAGCAGAGUCCGAAAACGAAUCAGAUGGUGCCCGCGCAUUUUAUUUCGAAUAAAAUUAUAGUGUACGACAGCGGAGACUGCACGAUGAACUCGCGGCUGCCCAGCAUCACGGAGCACUCCAGCACGGACGUGUGCGAGCGGAGAGAGGGGCGCGAGGGGCGCGAGGGGCGAGCGGCGCGCGCGCACAAGCCGCACGAGGAGCGCGCGCGCCCGCCGCCCUGCCCCAACGCGCUCGACUGCCGCCGCGCGGACUUCUACCGCCGCGCGGGAGACGCCAUGCCCAGUUGGCGAGUGGGCGGGGCGCUGGCGACGCCGCCCGCGCGCCUCCUCAUCCAGACCACCGCGACCGGCAUCAAGCGCGCUUCACUUGGAAACAUAAUCAGUCCUCAUUCGUCAACUAACAGCCACUGCAAGAGCGAAAGAGCGAUGCCGGUGCCGUGGUUGUCCAGCAAGGCGGCGCUGGGCAAGGCGCUGGGCAAGGAGGCGCUCCCGCAACGUAUCCGGCGCACCGCCCCCAUCAAGUGAAGCAAGUCCGCGGGCACUUCCACACGCCCGAAUAUUUUCGACGGCCAUAUUUUUUAAGCAUUUUUUUGUUUGUAAAAAAAUUCCUUUAUCGAGACCACCUCAUGUAAGUAUAAGCGAAUUAUUAUUUUUUUAUCUUACUGUACCGGCUACUAAAUACAGGUGGUUUUUUUUGAACAAACUUCUUUUCUACUUAUUGCCUUAUCUAUAUACUUUUUUGUAUAAUGAAAUAAUAGAGCAAUUUUUACAAAU